AUGACUUCUCAGAUUUACCAUGCGUCGAGCACAGCUCCGGUGAAUAUUGCUACACUGAAAUAUUGGGGUAAAAGAGACAAGACGCUCAACCUACCCACCAAUUCGUCCAUCAGUGUGACUCUGGCACAGGAGGAUUUGCGUACCUUGACCACUGCCGCUGCUGGUCCAGACUUCAAGGAAGAUACCCUCUGGCUGAAUGGUGAACCUCACUCCAUUGACAACCCACGCACUAAGAACUGUCUUGCGGAUUUGCGUGCUUAUAGAAAGGAGCUAGAAUCUGGUGACUCCAGCCUUCCUCCGCUGAGUGAGUGGAAACUUCAUUUGGUGAGCGAAAACAACUUUCCUACUGCUGCUGGUUUGGCAUCUUCGGCUGCUGGUUUUGCUGCACUCGUGAGUGCCAUUGCCAAACUCUACCAGCUCCCUCAGUCGGCUUCUGAACUGUCCAAAAUUGCGCGUAAGGGCUCGGGCUCGGCGUGCCGCUCCUUGUUUGGAGGAUACGUUGCUUGGGAAAUGGGGUUGAAGGAAGACGGCUCCGACUCCAAAGCCGUUGAGGUCGCACCCAAAUCGCACUGGCCCGAUAUCAAGGCGUGUAUAUUGGUGGUGAGCGACGACAAAAAAGAUGUUCCAAGUACCUCGGGAAUGCAAUUGACAGUGGCUACUUCGGAACUUUUUGCUGAGCGUAUUGGCACCGUGGUUCCCAAGCGGUUCAAAGAGAUGUCUGAGGCCAUCAAGAAGCGUGACUUUGCGGCUUUUGCCGAGAUGACCAUGAAAGAUUCCAACUCGUUCCAUGCCGUCUGUCUGGACUCGUAUCCUCCUAUUUUUUACCUGAACGAUACUUCCAAGAGAAUCAUCAAGUUGAUACACGUGCUCAACGAGACUGAGGGCGAGAUAAUUGCUGCCUAUACCUUUGAUGCCGGUCCCAAUGCUGUCAUCUACUACCAGGAGAAGGAUGAGGCCAAGGUCUUGGGACUACUGCAAUAUGCGUUUGCCAAGGUGCCAGGCUGGAAAAAUACUGGAUACCAGAUCUCUGCUAAAUUUCCUGCAGAGAUUAUCGGUGAAGACUGGUACAAGGGAGUCUCCAGAAUCAUCCAGACCCAGGUUGGCGAUGGCCCUCUUGAUACCGAGGAGUGUCUCAUUGACACGGCCACUGGGCUGCCUAAAUAG